AUGAAGAUAGAAAUGAAAGUAGUGUUGUUUAGUUUUGUUCUAUUAUUUCUUCCAAUUUCUUCAUCUGAAUUUGUAAGAGUAACGGUUAGAAGAGAAUCAUCCAUAGCCAAAACAGACGACAAUUUUAUAUGUGCAACACUAGACUGGUGGCCCACUGAAAAAUGUGACUACAAUCAGUGUCCAUGGGGCAGCGCUGGCAUUCUCAAUCUGGAUUUAAAGAACAAGAUAUUAAUUAAUGCUAUUAAAGCAUUCAGUCCUUUGAGGAUAAGAGUGGGAGGUUCAUUACAAGAUUUGGUAGUGUACGAGGUUGGAAAUGAAGUCAAAGAAUGCCCCCAGUUUAGGCUCCAAAAGAAUGGUCUGUUUGGAUUCAGCAAUGGUUGCCUUCCCCAGAAGAGAUGGGAUGAACUCAACUACUUGUUUAGCCAAACUAGAGCUUUGGUGACGUUUAGUUUGAAUGCCCUCUAUGGAAGAAUCGCAUCUCGAGAAGACAAACUAUGGAUAGGUGAAUGGAACCCUCAAAAUGCUCAACAACUCAUGGAGUACACCAUGGAAAAAGGGUACAAAAUUGACUCGUAUGAACUAGGAAACGAGUUAUGUGGGUCUGGUGUAGCUGCGAGAGUAGAUAGUGUUCAAUAUGGGAGAGACAUAAUUGUGCUAAAAAAUAUGUUGAAAGAAUUGUACCCAAAUGCCUCUACAAGGCCAAAAGUAUUAGGUCCUGCUGGUUUCUAUGAUGAAAAAUGGUUUAGUACCUUCCUUGAGACCACUGGACCAGGAAUAGUAGAUGGAGUAACUCACCACAUCUACAAUCUUGGUGCAGGGGUUGAUCCGAGUCUUAUCAACCGGAUUCAGGACCCAAUUUACCUGGACAAGGUUAUGCACACAUAUACAAAUGUCUCAAGGAUUGUCCAAAAGUAUUCUCCUAAAGCCGAAGCAUGGGUUGGGGAAGCUGGUGGAGCUUAUAACAAUGGAGGCCAAAAUGUUCAAGAUAGAUUUGUUGAUGGCUUCUGGUAUUUAGAUCAACUAGGCAUGGCAUCAACCUUAGAUCACAAGGUUUAUUGCAGACAAGCCUUGAUUGGAGGGUUCUAUGGUCUUCUAAAUACAACAACCUUCGUUCCCAAUCCAGACUAUUAUGGUGCACUUUUAUGGCACCGACUAAUGGGAAAGGAAGUACUUGCCACCAGUCAUGAUGGAUCUCCACAUUUACGGGCUUAUGCCCAUUGCUCAAAGAAUCAUCAUGGAAUUACUCUUGUUUUGAUUAACUUGUCAAAUUCUACCUUCUUCGAUGUGAUAAUCGCUGUCUAUCCAAUCCCAAAGUUAUUUGAAAGAAGAUUACAAAGAGAAGAGUACCAUCUGACAGCAAAAAAUGGUUAUAUUCAGAGUGAAGAGGUUCUUCUGAACGGAAUUCCAUUACAGCUGACAAAUUCAUCUGAUAUUCCUUUAAUGGAGCCAAUCCUUGCUGAUUCUUACUCUCCAGUCUGUGUUGCACCUGAUUCGUUUGUCUUUGUAGUUUUCAAGGGCACAAGGGCCUCAGCUUGUGCUUAGAAGAUUC